GGCUGUCUCUACGUUACGGAACCAGGAAGGGGUUCUAUAAUUGGCAGUCGCAUUUGAAAAGGUGCACAUUUCCCACGGCAUUCUGGUACCUGAUUGAAGCUCAUAUGCCUCAUCGGAGUCUGCCGUAAGCACCCUAUCUGUUAUCAAAUGUCGGACCGCGCCUUUGCCUCCCUUACACCCGCAAAUGCCCUCGCCAGGCUAGCAUUCAGCGACGUCUAUGACGCCCUCACGUCUCGGCGCCAGGCAGAUGGCGCUCAAGCCGCCCUCCGCCGCAUGCUUGUCGAGCCCGAGCAGACAUGCGACGACGAGAUAGUUCGCUUUCGACGCGAGAUGGAACGCACCAAGCACGACACUGAUGGCGAAGCGAGCGAAACCCUUACGGAGCCAGAUACCGACACCGAGAAGCAGCUUCAAGAGCUCGGCAUGGUCUGGGUCGGCUGUUAUCUGCUGGUGCUGCAGUCUCCGCCGGCCGAGCCGGAGAGGGGAUGGGCGGCGGGAAAGGGCCCCUUGGAAAACAUGCCCAUCGACCUGCUCCUCUGCACCAGGUCUUUCGCAAAGUCGCACGACAUCAACCUCCGGAACCCCCAUGCGCGGUUCAACUUCUUUCCUGAAAGCAAGGGCUUCUACAUCAUAGGCUGCUCCAGGUCUCCGUCGGCGCAGCUGACGGUCAAUGGCGACGCAGCCAUGCGGCGGCCAUAUCACUUGAACCAGCACAGCAUGAAUAUCCUGCUCGACAAGCUCGAAUACCACUUCCAGUGGGAGGAAUUCGCUGCCGAAGACGACUUCAAGAAAGAGCGCGGACGCUAUGUGGCUCGUGCUCUUGGCAGGCCUGCCAACAUCGAUGUUGAGAUGCCGACCCCACUCCCCAACAAGAGAACGAUGGGCAGUUGGACACUAGGAGAUGCUCUGGGUGCGGGCGGUCACGGAAGAGUAUUCUUCGCCUCGGAUCAGUCAGCCAACGUGGCCGCCAUCAAAGUGGUGGAGCGGACUUCCCAAAAUUGUCACAGUGUGGAUAAAGAGAUCGAGACACUUCGGGAAGUGACUAAUUUCGUACAGAAGUCAGACGACGGUGAGCGAAUUCUGCGCAUGGCAGAGGUGAUCUACUCCAACAGCAAGGAGUUCUCCUCCAAGACGGCCUUUGACAAUGUUGCCAUUGUCCUAAAGCCGAUGACGCCCCAGACCUUCGGCGACUUGGUGGGGACUCGGAGCAAAGGAGGGUGCAAGGGCAUGACGAUAGAGGCGGCGACUGCAUUCCGCGACGCACUGUUGGGUGUCAAAGUCAUGCACGACGGACGCUGGCUGCACCGCGAUCUGAAGCUGACCAACAUCGGCCUCAUCGUCAACCCGCUCCGUUCCGUCCUGCUGGACGUUGGCACAUCCAGGCACAUCCAGGCAGGUGGGUCGUUACGGCCCGAGCCGGGCACAGUCGGCACGAUCGGCUAUCUCGCUCCCGAGCUCGAGCUGGAUGACUACGACCACUCCAUCGACAUCUGGUCCAUGGGCAUCAUCUUGUUCGAGCUGACGUACAACUACCACCCGUGGAAGUUCUCCAUCAACCCAUGGCGCGACGGCAAGGACAACGAGAAGCUGCGCCCUUCCUUCGAGAACAGUUAUCAGAAUACCAUUGACAAAAUGGCUAGGGAUUAUAAGAGUGCGUGCGCGUCGCCGGCCAGAGGCUACAUACAUCUCGGCGGUCUCUUUAUUGAGAUGGUGAGAUACCAGUGGGCAGUGAACAACCAUGCGCAGCGCCCCGAUAUCGACGAGGUUCUCCAGCACCCAGCUUGGGGCUCGCUGCUACCCGAAUCUCCGCAGGCGAAGAGACGACGGUUGGAGUAUGGCCUUGAAGAUGGGGAGGUGUGAGCGAGCGUUGUUUGGAAGGCCGCCUGGCUGGCAUGUUAUAUUUGUGCAAGAGAGAGACUAGUAGCACUAGUGUAUAUACUGUAUCUAGUGCUUGUAGCAAUUGAAUUCCCGU